AUGGACUCGAUCGACGAGAACAACCCCUUCACCAAGGCUCAGACGGUUCACCCAGAGGUUCGGGCCUAUGUGUACAGUCUGGUUAAUGCACUGGGUGGGAGUAGCACAGACGACGAUGGCCGCUACGUCCUCGGUGACGAUGCGCUCGCGUGUCUUCGAGAUCUCAAGCGGUGGUUGAAGCUGUACGACGAGAAGAACAACAGACUCGAUGUGGCACGAUGUCUCGCAGAAGCCAAGCUCGUGGGCGGAGAUCUGAUCCCCAUCCUGGCCUCGUGGCCUGAAGACGGCAAGGAAAACAAGCUGAAGGCUCGAGUUGCGCUCGCAUGCUUAGAAGUGUUGGUACCUCUGACGUGGCCAUUGGAGACGACAGGUGAAAUGACGGUCAACCAUCACCGACACACGCCCUACAUCCAGCAAGCACAAGUCGUCUACAAGGCCGCGAUCCUGGGCUGCGAUACUAGUAACAUCCUGAGGCAGGUGGUGCGAAUUGGACUGCCGUCGAUCGCCGUGGCGAGAGACGAGAGGACGAGCCGAGACGAAGGCAUUCUGAAGUUGAUGCUCUAUUUCUUUCGGAAUAUCGCGGUCAUUCAGCAGAUCCCAAACCUACCGAGCCAGGGCUUGGACUCAGAGGUCUCCCGAUCAGCGACCAUCGAGGCAUUUCGGGACCAAGAUGUUUUCGCGCUGCUGUUGACCAUCUGCUCAAAUAUGGGUGAAGACUUCAACUUGCAGGACGUCAUUGUGUUGGAUAUCAUCUUCAACUUGAUCAAGGGUGUCGACCCCCGCAGAUUGUGGAUGACCCAGCAAGAGCGAAAAAGUCAAGGAAUCACUGAUCUGGGGGCCGCUCUGGCUGUGGAGGAAAGCAAGAACCGGGACGCGAAGAAGCAUCAAUGGAGCAGACAUGGGCGCUUCGGAACCAUGCUCUGGGUGAAGCGGGACGGAGAGAAGAUGUCGGCUGUCUCAGGUCAAGAUAACCUCCGAAAUGACCAACAGGCGCUGCUGAACAUGGAUAAGUCGAAGAAAUGGAACAAGCCCCAACAGAGACGCAAGGACAUGGACCACACGAUCCACGAUUUUGACCGCACGACCCACCUCAGCGAUUCUGCCGCCGAGAAACUGCGCAACUUCGUCGAGGAGUUUCUUGAUUCGGGGUUCAAUCCCUUCUUCACACACCUCCGCAAAGCCAUUGAGCGAGAAGCUGAGCGGUUGGUCGACGUCAAUUAUCGCCAGUUUUUCUACGCGGUGGCGUGGUUCCUCGAAGCCGAGCGCAUCCGACGAGAGACGCAAAAGAAGGAGGUCAAGCCAAACAACGUCCGAGACGACUUCGUCGAUGAGAGCUAUUCAAUUGUGGCGGCUGUUCUCAAUCAAGAAUCGUUCAUCAUGCUGAAUCGAUUUAUGCAGGUGUCAUUGGACAACAAGGAGUGGCAGGAUCUAAACGCCUGCAUGCGAUGCUUCACACAGGUUCUGCUUACGGUCCAAGAGAUGGCCCAGAGCCCCUUGGAGGAGGAUCAAGAAAUCGCAGACAACAUCCAGAACCGAAUAUUUUACGAGGAAACCACGCAUGAUCGAGUUGUCGAGAUCCUGAGAGGCUACAAGGAUCAAGGGUUUGGUUAUCUCGAUGCCUGCACCGAGCUCUCCCACGUUUUCUUACGCAUGUUGGAGAGAUAUUCGAAGGAGAAUGUCGACCUGCAGAUUCGGUCCCGUCGCAGGGCGAAGAAGAAGCGCAAGGAGGAGAUGAGAAAACUGGCUCAACCGGGUGAUGAUCCGGCUGCGGACGACGAGGUGUCGGAAAACGAAGACAUUGCCGAUGUUGUUCAAGUGUCCAAGGAACGAAAGUUCGACUUCAAUCGCUUCGCCGCCAAAUUCUCCACCCAGAACUCGGUCAACACCUUUGUCGCUCUAACCACACUGUAUCGCGAUCUCAGCCUGGAACAACUCAAACGCGCACAUCGGUUCUUCUACAGGGUGGCCUUCAAACAGGAACUGGCUGUCCUCCUGUAUCGCAUUGACAUUAUCGCUCUUUUCAACAAGAUGAUCAACGGCCCCGACGGCCUGGAUCGGAAACAUGCCAUGUACAAAGAGUGGUCCGAGUUUUCCCGACAGGUGUUCAAGAAAAUGUUCAAGAAGAUCGAUCAGCGGCCGGAACUGAUUGUGGAGAUGCUAUUCAGCAAAAUCCAUGCGACAUUGUACUAUCUGGAGUAUGGUCAGGAGAAACAGACUCUGGCUACCAGUCGUGCCCCUGCAGAGCUAGAAGUCAGGCCCGCGCCCGGAAGAGAUGUGAAGGAACAGAUCGGCAUUGUUGUCACCGUUCUCCUGAAAGAUGGCAAGACAGACCUGGUGCGAUGGGUCAAGACCAUGCUGGGAAACGCCUUUGACGAAAGACACGCAUGGGAAGCAGAGGCCGAGACACGGAGAGCGGCUAUCAUCGAGGCCGCGCAAAAGGAUGGUGAAGACAGCCCCAACAAUGUCGACGUUGGGAAGCCCUCAUACAUCACCGUGCAUCCAUCUUCGGAGGAUAUCAAAAUGGCCAUGUUCAAGAACGGAAGGUUGAAAUUGUUGAUGCGCCUGGUUGAUUUCGAAAUGCAAGGAGACGAAGACGUGCUUGGAGCGAGCUGGAUCAUCCCUGGUCACAUAUCCGCUGGACAGCUAUCCGAGCACAAGGCCACGAUAGAGCGGUACGAACAGACGCCGUGGCAGGGUGAUGACGGGGACGAAGACGCCGAAGACAUGAUCCGUCGUGCCAGAAACAAGGAGAAGACACGCCAAGAUGACGAGGACGGCGCGCUUCGGGGUACAUUCCUUGAUGAUUCUGAAGGCGAAGAAGAGUUCCUGUUCCCGGAUAAUCCUCGCAAAAAGAAGGCUAAGAAUGCCAUGGCUGAACUCCGGGCAAAACGCAAGAGAAAGCGAGGUGAGGAGGAGGACGGCGAGGAUGACAUUGACGAGGAACUGGCGGCGGAAAGAAGAGCCGCGCGACGGGCAGCCGCAUUGGAUCGGCGGCGCAAAAUCAAGAGUGAAGCUUACAUCAGGGACAGUGACGACGAAUCGGAUGCGGAGAAGGAUCGUGAAUUUUUUGAGAAGGAGGAGCAGAUGCGCACGAAGUAUGCAGAGAAGAUCCGGAACGAGCUUCGAAACCAAGUCGGCCAGGGCAUCAGCGAGCUGGGAUCGAAAACAACGAACAAAAGAGCACAGAAGAAGCAUGUCGCUGGGACAGAGGACGAGCGAGACAGUGACGAAGAUCUACCCAUGAGCGAUGCGGACGACCAAGACACCGAGACGGCGUCAUCUCAGCAGCGGCGCACCUGGGACAGUGGCGAUGAGGAGGGGGAGGAGGAUGACGGCGAUACUCCCAUGUCUUCUCAAAGCGCGAGCGCGAAUAUGGAUGCGGGAAGUGGGAAGAGGGUUCUCAUGGAGCUUGACCAACCACGCGCCGCUGUCGAGCCAACGGCAAAGGCAGCGCAUGCAGAAAUCGAGCUCAGCGAUGACGAUGAAGACGAAGAUGAAGACGUGAUACCGACGGCAAGACGGCGGGCGGUGGUCCGGGGAGGGUUUGUCGUGGAUAGUGACGACGAUGACUGA